GGAGCACGCAAACUUCCGGUGACGUCAUCACGCACAGUCCGUUACUGAGCUGCUGGCGGAAUAUUUGAAUUCGGGAAAAGGCGAAAUUUACAAUAACAUCUUAAAAGGAGUGUCUGUAUCAGUUCAAGAUAAGUGUCUUGAUCAAGCCAAGGAUAUACAGCAGCGGGAUUUGAACCAGCCGACUUGAGGUCCAGAAUGAACAGAGUAUCUGGCAGUAGGCAGUCCGUGCUGCCGCAGAGGGUGUCCGAAAACAGGACGAGUUUGGUCAAUGCCACUCCACAGAGCAAAGACUCAGCAUUCGGAAAGCUGAAUAUUCCAAAGCCACAGUCUGGGACUUCAGAUAGAAGAACAAGCUUUUUUGGGAAAAGGUUUAGUGGGGCUGGCAUGCCUCGGAACAGUACCUUUGGGACAUUUGGGGGGACAGAGAAGGUAAAGGAUCCACGGCCCCUGCAUGAUAAGUCCUUCAUCCAGCAGUGCAUCAAACAUCUCUGCGAGUUUCUGUCAGAGCAAGGUUUCCCUGGAACUGUGUCAAUCAAGUCCCUCCAGUCUCCCUCCACCAAAGAAUUCCUGAAGAUCUUUGAGUUCAUCUACACCCUUUUGGAUCCCACCUUUCAGAUGCCAACUUCUAAGAUUGAGGAGGAGAUUCCCAGAAUUCUUCGAGAUAUAGGGUAUCCUUUUGCAUUACCCAAGAGCUCCAUGUAUUCUGUGGGAGCCCCCCAUACAUGGCCACAGGUCCUUGGGGCUCUGAUUUGGCUUAUUGACACUGUGAAGCUUUUUAGCAACAUGAAAGAAAAAGACCUGCUCUUCUCAGAUUUUCCAGAGAGCCACACAGAAAUCGAAGAGGGACUUGAAUUUAACAAGCUUUUUCUUGAUUACACGGCUGAGACCUACAACCGUUUUAUGCAAGGAGCAGAUGUGUUUGAAGAGGAAGACCGUGAAUAUAUAGCUAAACUGAAGAAACUUUACAAUGUUGAUGAGGUCAUGUUGGAGUCAUUGGCUGAAAAACACAGAAUCUUGAGUGAGGAGGCUGAGAGACUGGAGAAAGAGAGUCAGGCGGAUCGAUUAAUGGCUAAACGAACAGAAAAACUGAAACGGCAGACAGACCUUCAGAAGCUUCAGAGCUAUCGCAGUAACCUUGAGUCCUUCAAAAGCAGCUUGGAGACCAAAGCAAUGGGAAUAUCUGAGGACCUGGAAGCCAUAGACCUGCAGAUGGAGACACUGAGGCAGGAGAAGGAAAGGCUCCAACACAUCCUGCUCAACCAGAAGUUCUCUCCAGCAGAUAUAGAGAGGAUCAACCGGGAGAGGAAUGAGCUCCAGCAGACUAUCAACAGCCUGACUUUGAGCUUAGAGGAGGCUGAGCAGCAUAUGUGGAAUGAAGAAAUUGCACUUGCCAAGGUCAAGGAAGAGGCUGAAAUGGAACUGGCUGAAUAUCACAACCUUGCCCGCAAGCUGAAGCUUAUUCCCACAUGUGCUGAGAAUGCUUGCGGGCGAGACUUUGAGAUCAAGAUCACCUCUGAGUGUGGGCCAUCCACAAUGGCCCAAUACAAAGUCCAGAUCCUGAAUCCCCUUCACAAUAUGAUUUCUGAAGUCGAGGAAGAGAUCAGUAUCCUGUCAAACAAGAAGUUAAGCUUGGAAGAGGCAGUGGAACAGGUGAGGUCCAACAUCACUGACAAAAUGAAUGACUUAAAAGACCUGAAAGAGCAAAUCGGUAAACUGGAUGAGCAGCUUGAGCAGGACAUGCAGGAGACAGCCCGCGAGGAGGAAAAGUGGGCUGCAGAAAUGAAAUCAAUGGAGAACCACAAGAAGCUCCUGGAGAAGAAGGUGACUGAUGGCUAUGACAAUGCUCUUGAGCAACUGACUGCGGCUCAGCAACAAUAUCACCUUGUUCUCCAAGAGACCAAUGAGCAGCGUCGCUCAGUGGUCAACAAUCUACACAGUUUGUUCACAACUGCUGCUGAUCACCUGUCCAUUGUGGAAAAAUUCUUGGAUGAUCAGCACAAAAGGAUGAAUCGUGUCUACAAGAAGAGCAUUCAGGAAGCAGAUACUGAGCUGAAAGAGCUGAAGGAAAUGGUGGAAAACUACAUAAUGAAAGCAGAUGCUUUGUAGUUGCCUCUGCUUGUGUGUACAGUAGCUUUGUGUUUAAGAAAUGUCAUUUUUUUUAAUAUCUUUUGAAGCUAUUCAACAUAGAAUCAGUGGAUUAGAAUGAUUUUUCAAUAUUUAAAAAUGUCUUUAAUUUUUUGUAUGAAGUUCUCCAAAAACUAGCAGUAAUGUUUUUGUAUCUUGUUCUACACUGUAUAUGUUACAAAAUAA